UUUCGUGGCUAAAACUUGGAAGUAGAGAGAGAAACAAGAGAGAGAGCGUGAGAAAUAAGAGCGAGAGGGUGAGGAUAAUGUUGUUGACACUAGUAGAGGGUGGAGUUGCUUUAAGGCCCUCUUCAACAGGAAGAUUCUCUCCCAAAACUCGAAUUUUCAGAGCUUCUCUCACUGUCCCGAACCCCCAGCCCUCAUGGAAGUUCAGCAUUCCAUUUAAAAGAUCGUUUCAAGAGAAAGGAAACUCAGUUUUUGAUCCCUUGGGUUUCUACAAGGAAACCUGUUCUGUCUCAAGCACAUGGAAGAUCUUUUUAUUGCAAAGCACAUCAAGUACUAGACAAGAGAAGUCUUCCCCAUCUCGUGGUGUUGCAGCUGCAAUUGAGGACAGCUCCAUUGAUAUUGGUGAUUUUUUUAAGGGCCCCCUUCCAGGGAAGUUCCUGAAACUCCUAGGUCUGCUUGCCCUUUCAAGAGUUGGAACAUAUAUACCUCUGGGUGGAGUCAACAGGGAGGCCUUCACUGGUACAUUGGAUCAGAACAGUCUUCUUAGCACUUUGGAUUCUUUUUCUGGUGGGGGUAUUGGUCGGCUUGGGAUAUGCUCCCUUGGUAUUGUUCCCUUCAUCAAUGCCCAAAUUGUGUUUCAGCUUCUUACACAGAUAUAUCCUAAGCUACAAGAACUACAGAAAAAAGAGGGUGAAGCAGGACGAAAAAAAGUUCUCCAAUACACUCGCUAUGCUUCUGUUGGAUUUGCAAUUGUUCAGGCUAUAGGUCAAGUAUUGUACCUUCGUCCAUAUGUCAGUGACUUCAGUACAGAAUGGGUGUUAUCGACAGUGACAUUAUUGACCUUAGGUUCUGUAUUUACCACUUACUUAGGGGAGAGGAUAUCAGACCUAAAGCUCGGGAAUGGAACAUCUUUAUUAAUUUUCACAAGCAUCAUUUCAUAUUUGCCAGCGUCAUUUGGAAGGACAGUUGCCCAGGCAUUUCAGGAUGGGAACUAUAUUGGUCUUGCUGCAAUUAUUCUAUCAUUCUUUCUUUUGGUUCUCGGUAUUGUGUAUGUCCAGGAAGCUGAAAGAAAGAUUCCAUUGAACUAUGCUUCAAGAUAUAGUAGCAGAAGUGGGGGCAUCCAAAAAUCUGCCUAUCUUCCUUUCAAGGUAAAUGGUUCAGGAGUAAUGCCCAUCAUAUUCUCCACUUCAUCUUUGGCACUUCCUGGUACCUUAGCACGUUUCGCCGGCUUAUCUGCUUUGAAGAAUGCUGCACUUGCUUUAAAUCCAGGAGGUGGUCUUUACCUUCCCACUAACAUAUUACUAAUAGCAUUCUUCAAUUACUACUAUACUUUCCUUCAAUUGGAUCCUGACGAUGUAAGCGAGCAAUUAAAACGCCAAGGUGCCUCUAUUCCUCUUGUGCGCCCAGGAAAAAGCACUGCUGCAUUCAUAAAAACUGUUUUAGGGAGGAUUUCAGUGCUCGGUUCCGCCUUCUUAGCAGUAAUGGCAGCGGGCCCUGCAGUGAUUGAGCAAACAACACACUUGACUGCAUUUCGAGGCUUUGCUGGCACCUCUGUUCUCAUUCUUGUUGGCUGUGCAACUGAUACAGCUAGGAAGGUUCAGGCCGAGAUCAUAUCUCAAAAAUACAAGAACAUAGAGUUCUAUGAUUUUGAUAAGUAUUAGAAUAUUCUUUCAAAAUUAUUCAGGAAUAUGUCCAAAUUUGUGAGACAUUGGCCUAGACCGGCUUGAAAUUUUUAAGGCAAUGUUAUAUGUUGGAGAGUUUGCUUCUGAAAUAUAGUUCAUUAAUGCUGAAUUUCAGACCAAAUUCCAAUUUUGCCACUGUUUUUUUUUUCUCUUAAUUCUUUUUUUUUGUUUUGUUUUUGGUUUUUAUGUAUUUUGUAAGUUUUGGGUAAACGUUAUCAGAGUCACUAUUGUAAAUAUGUAUAUUCAAUCAUGCCACUUUCUGUAAUUUUUUAAAUGUUAAAUGGAUUGUCUGUAUAAAGGAUUUAUGGAGC